AUGACUAUUUCAAAAAGAUAUCCUAAAGCAGUAGUAUUUGAUUUAGAUUAUACAUUAUGGCCAUGUUGGUGUGAUACUCAUAUUCGAAUGCCUUUAAAAUCUAUUUCAUCAACAGAAGUUAUAGAUAAAUCAGGAAUGAAAUUAUCAUUUUAUCCUGAUGUUGAAUCAAUAAUUUUAGAAUUAAAACAAAAUAAUGUUAAAAUUAUUGGAGCAAGUAGAACUGCAACUCCAGAUAUAGCUAAAAAAUUAUUAACUUAUUUUAAAAUAAAUGGAAAAUCAGCUAUAACAUAUUUUGAUGCUUUAGAAUGGGGACAAGGUUCAAAGACUAAACAUAUAAAAUUAGCUGCAAAACAAUUAAAAAUGUUAAAAGAAUUGGAUGAAAAAGAAUUUGUAUUAUUUGAUGAUGAAUUAAGAAAUAAGGAUGUAGGUAGUAUUAAUUGCUUUUUCAUACAUAUACCUGAUGAAGAUUUGGGAUUAACUAGAAAUAUAUUUGAUAAAGGAUUACAAACUUGGUCAGAACUACAUAAAUAG